AUGGCCUCCGCCGCCACCUCGUUGGCUUCUGGUGAUGGUCCCGCCGCGAAUAAUGAUGAAAUGCCGAUUGAGGCGAUAUUCGACACGAGACGAUUUUUGAAUGGAGCUUCCAAAUGUUUUAUGCUCAUUUACGCGCCGAUAGCCAUCGGCACACUAAUUCUUCGCGUCUUCGUCGGAUUCCACGUGUUCGUCGUCGCGUGCCUCCUCCGAAAGACGACGAUCCUUCGAAGUGUCGUCUUGCGAAUAAUGUGCUCGAUUCUGGGUCUCGUCGUGAUUGAUCAUGGCAAACGGGACCAGAAGGCGAAGGUGCUUGUGGCGAAUCAUGUCUCGAUUUUGGAUCAUACCGCCAUCGAUUUAGUCUCGCCAUGCCUUUUGCCUUCGAUUUGGGACAUUCCGAGCGUUAUUCGAUGGUGCUUCGGUUAUGUGGACUUGGGCGCCUCGCGAGGUCGAACCGAACUCGUGCGUCAAGCGAAAGAUCUUGUCGAGAGGGAGGAAUUUCCGCUUUUGGCGUUCCCGGAAGGAAUAAUUACUAGUGGAAAUAAGGCGCUACUGAAAUUUAACUCAUGGUGCUUUGAAAUCAGCGAUAGUGUUCAACCGAUCGCCGUGAAAGCCUGGCGGCCGAAUCCGUUCAAAGUCGCUGUGUCUGAAAUUGGCGCUUCGUGGUGGACAGACUUGGUGUGCUUCUUCAUCAUCCCAUUCACCAUAAUUCACGUGACUUAUCUGCCGACAGUUCACCGGAGGGAGCAGGAAAAUGUUGAAGAGUACGCCGAACGCGUUUCGGGAAUCAUCGCCGGCGAAUUGGGAAUCGAGACGUCGAAAUUCGACACGUCAGAAGCGUCGGAAGCCAUCAAACGAUGGAAAAAGAACAAAGAGCUCGAGAAGAGCUCGCGAGAAGCGAAUGGACGGCAAAAAUCGACGAAAUUGGUCUCGUCGAAACAAUUGGAUGUCGCGGCGAUGCGAAUUAAACAAUCGAUGCCGGGAUUCCAUUUGUUGGCGAUUCGGAAGGAUCUCGAGAGGACCAAAAAUCAGGCGGCAACGUUGGAAAACCUCAAAAUGGGAAAAAUUGCCAAAGUCGAUUUGGAGGAGAGCGGAAAGGUCACGCUUGAUGCGAGCUCUUGGCGGGCUGUGUUCGAUUGCCGAAAAUGGGAGAUGAUCGAGACAAACCGUACAAAAUACCUUCAGAGAGAAGCCUAA